GUCUUUCCUUCUCGAUUCUGCUUCCAACUGGCCUGAAGUGCAUUUCCCGGUGGAACAGGCAUAUAUAUACCUCUUGCAAAAAUUAUGGCCGUUGAUGAUUCCCUCCUUAAAACGUCAAAUCAGGGAGCGAAAUCCUCGAAGCUAACAGCGGCUGUCUUGGUCGAUGGCAGGGAUCCAAUCGAUAACCUCCAGAGCGAGGCUGAUGUGCCCCGAGAGCUUGACGUGAAGAACCGUCUUCUACCGCAGGGAGCUGAAGUUCACUCGUGUGCUCUUGAAAGAGACAAGGCCCAGCUGCAGCAAGGCGGGAUCCCCUUGGUUAGUGAGCCAGGUUCUGAGUCAAUUAAGAGGAGGCCAACAUGGGUUCUCAGUUGGGCAAGACCCAUCAGCUGAGCGCUGGUAGCCUGCGGGAGGUGAGGAGGGAAAUGGAGUCCAGCGGCAUGAUGAGCGAAUCGCUUGACGAGAUCUUCCAGUGCGCGGAGGAGCAUUUCACCAAGGAGCCUGACUGCGUGAAGAACAAUGCCAAGAUGACACUCCACUGGAACGGGAAAUCGCUGGUGUUCGUGUCCGGCAGAGGAGUAUGCGAAAUUAACGUCUCGUAUAAACAGGGCUCUGAGAAACCCAGCUAUAAUGUCACCUCGCAUAGCUUGAAUAUCUUUCUAGGGAGGAUAUCGGCUGGCCUGAGGGUCCUGAGCCUCGCAAACCUGGAAGGAGCCCGGAGGAGCCUGGAUGUCUGGGAGGAGACACCCAAGAGUCUGAAAACCUGCUUUGACUGCGCCAUCCGGGGCUUCCGGAAGGAGCCCGCGUGCGUGCAGGAGAACGCGAAGCUGGUGAUCCAUUGCAGCAGGAGAAAUCUGCCGUUCAUCUCCGGGAAGGGCGAAUGUGAGAUCAGCGUGUCCUACAGUGACGGGAAACCAGUCUACACCGUCGACGAGCCCACAGGGGAGGUUUACCUGGCGCGGCUCGGCACCUGCCCCGCACCUCUGAACGUAUCAAGUGUAGUGAGGGCUCGCAACAAAUUGGAGUCUUUUGGGGUGAUGACGCAGGAGCUGAGGGGCUGCUUUGAAUAUGCUCUGGAAGCGCUGGAGGAGGCACCUAAGCGUGUUCAGGAGAAUGCGCUGAUGUUGCUCGACACCACCAGAGGCAGGAUGAUGUUCAAGUCUGGGAAAGGGGAGAUUACAAUCACCGUCUUCUCCAUGAACGGGGAAUUCACUCAUGACGUCAAAAUGCCCAAAACCAACCGCCCGCCGAGAAAGUGAGGAGGAAAAGAAAAGAAAAUUGGAAUUUGCCAAGAGGCUUCAACCUUCAGAACAGGAUUCAACCUGAGAGUAUCUUAGCUGGAUCCCAUUGUCGCCAACUUUCUCCAUUUCAUUGCCAUAUUUCAUGUUAUGCUCAAAGCCCCCAGCUCUGGGAGUCAAGUGAUUUCCUGGGAAUCUCAGCUUUCAUUUUUUUUUAAAUGGGGGUUGCGUGGAAAAGCCAGAAAAGUGACACCAAAAAUUGCAAAACCAGGCAGUAAAUGAACAGGAUGAAACAUGUGGUGGUGGUGUUGUUGUUGUUGUUGUUGUUUAAAAUCUCACCAUUUUUAAGCCAAUCUCAUGCUUUGAAGGUCCUGAUUCCUGAUUUUUGAUCACUUGGGCUUGGCAAGAUUGGGACUAAAGGAGAAACCAACACUUUUCCAAGGAUUCCUUCACAUCCUCCAACUCCAUGUGUUGAGAUGGUUGAAGUUCUUUUAUAGAGAAACUUUUUUUCUCUCCUUCAAAUAAUUUUUUUUCCACAGAAUCCAAAAGAUUUUUCCCCAAACUUUUUUAUUGAGAAAUUUGUAGGAAAUUAAUUGUACAUGAACUUAAAAACACACACAAACACACUUCUUUCCGGUUUUCAUUUUCCAUUUGUUUUUGGUCACCAUAGUGUGAUGCAGUGCAGAAUGAAACUGACCUCUACAUCUAAAACAGGACAGGUCUAAAUUAGCUCCAUUAUUUGAGUUGCUCCAAUUUUUUUUUGAUCUCCUUUGCCUGAAAACCAAAAAUGAGUUUUGAGAUUGACACAUUUUCUGCUGUUAAAGUGAGUUACACAUUAUUCAACUAGGAAAAAGAGGUGUGUUAUUCACUCAUGUCGAACGAACCCAAGUUAAUUAACCUCUGUUACAAGCUUUCACUAGAGAAAAGUGUGUUUUUACACCCAGAUAGCAAUCCCAAUUUAAACUCCUAGUGAUGUCAAAGGAUGAUAGUUUUUACCUUGCCAUAAUGAGUUUAGAUCAACCAACAUCCCCGCCUAGUGGAUGGAGUAGUGAUGCAUAGACAGGUGGAGCUGGUUGGAUAGACAGAUGGAGCAGCAGCUGGAUGUUUUACUAAUUGAUUACUGAGCAUAUUCUUCAAGAUCUGCUUUUAGGGUGGAGCAUAACAUGAAACAUCCAAGCCGCUGGAUGCUUAUUAAUGACUCAUGUUAAGAAAACACAAUUAAGCCACGCUAGCACUGUUAAAAUCUUAGAGAUUUGUCCUACAAAUAUGAUACCAGCCUCUUUUCCCAUCAGAUUGUUACUUUUUAAAAUUAUUCUGCAUUUUUAACAACUUGCUUAAUAAAA